AUGAGUCCCUGGCAGCCCCUGAUCCUGGCACUCCUGGCUCUAGGCUGCAGCUCUGCUGCCCCUUACCAGCACCAGCCUACUUUUGUGGUCUUCCCCAGAGAUCUGAGGACCAACAACCUCACCGACACACAGCUGGCACAGGAAUACCUGUACCGCUAUGGCUACAGUCGGGCAGCCGAGAUGCAGGGAGACAAGCUGAGCCUGCGGCCCGCUUUGUUGCUGCUUCAGAAGCAGCUGUCCCUGCCCCAGACUGGUGAACUGGACAGCAAGACACUAGAGGCCAUUCGUGCACCACGCUGUGGUGUCCCAGACUUGGGCAAAUUCCAAACCUUCGAGGGUGACCUCAAGUGGCACCACCAUAACAUCACAUACUGGAUUCAAAACUACUCGGAAGACCUGCCGCGAGACGUGAUCGAUGACGCCUUCGCGCGCGCCUUCGCCGUGUGGAGCGCGGUGACACCGCUCACGUUCACCCGCGUGUACGGCCUCGAGGCAGACAUUGUCAUUCAGUUUGGUGUCGCGGAGCACGGAGACGGGUAUCCCUUUGACGGCAAGGACGGUCUUCUGGCACACGCCUUUCCCCCUGGCCCGGGCAUUCAGGGAGAUGCCCACUUCGACGAUGAAGAGUUGUGGUCGCUGGGCAAGGGCGUCGUGGUUCCCACCUACUUUGGAAACGCAAAUGGUGCCCCGUGUCACUUUCCCUUCACCUUCGAGGGACGCUCCUACUUGGCCUGCACCACAGAUGGCCGCACCGAUGGCGUGCCUUGGUGUAGUACUACAGCCGACUAUGACACCGACCGCAAGUUCGGUUUCUGCCCCAGUGAGAGACUCUACACGGAACACGGCAAUGGGGAUGGCAAACCCUGCGUGUUUCCAUUCAUCUUUGAGGGCCGCUCCUACUCUGCCUGCACCACUGAAGGUCGCUCGGAUGGUUACCGCUGGUGCGCCACCACAGCCAACUACGACCAGGAUAAGCUGUAUGGCUUCUGCCCUACCCGAGCCGACGCGACUGUGGUUGGGGGCAACUCGGCAGGCGAGCUGUGCGUCUUCCCCUUCGUCUUCCUGGGCAAGGAGUACUCCACCUGUACCAGCGAGGGCCGCAGCGACGGGCGCCUCUGGUGCGCUACCACCUCGAGCUUCGACACUGACAAGAAGUGGGGUUUCUGCCCAGACCAAGGGUACAGCCUGUUCCUGGUGGCAGCGCAUGAGUUCGGCCAUGCGCUGGGCUUAGAUCAUUCUACAGUGCCAGAAGCGCUCAUGUACCCCAUGUACCGCUUCCUUGAGGGCUCCCCUCUGCAUGAAGACGACGUGAAAGGCAUCCAGCAUCUGUAUGGUCCUGGCCCUAAGCCUGACCCAAGGCCGCCAGCUACCACCACAGCUGAACCACAGCCGACAGUUCCUCCCACUCUGUGCCCCACAGUACCUCCCACCGCCUACCCUACACAGAGUCCCACCGUCGGCCCUACCGGCCCCCCUGCAGCUGGCCCUACAGACCCCCCUACAGCUGGCCCUACAGACCCCCCUACAGCUGGCCCUACAGGCCCCCCUGCAGCUGGCCCUACAGACCCCCCUACAGCUGGCCCUUCUGAGGCCACGACAGUGUCUUUGAGCCCGGUAGACAAUCCUUGCACUGUGGAUAUUUUCGACGCUAUUGCUGAGAUCCAGGGCUCUUUGUAUUUCUUCAAGGACGGUCGGUACUGGAAGUUCCUGAAUCGCAGAGGAAGCCCAUUGCAGGGCCCCUUUCUUAUUGCCCACACGUGGCCAGCUCUGCCUGCGAAGCUGGACUCAGCCUUUGAGGAUCCGCUGUCCAAGAAGAUUUUCUUCUUUUCUGGGCGCCAAGUGUGGGUGUACACAGGCGAGUCGGUGCUGGGCCCCAGGCGUCUGGAUAAGCUGGGUCUGGGCUCAGGGGUAACCCAGGUCACCGGACUCCUCCCGCGUCACAGCGGGAAGGCUCUGCUGUUCAGCAGGGAGCGUGUGUGGAGGUUCGACUUGAAGACGCAGAGGGUGGAUCCCCAGAGUGUCACUCGCCUGGAUAAGAUGUUCCCUGGGGUGCCCUGGAACUCACACGACAUCUUCCAGUACCAAGACAAAGCCUACUUCUGCCACGACCAGUUCUUCUGGCGCGUGAGUUUCCGAGAGGAGGUGAACCAAGUGGACCAGGUGGGCUAUGUGACCUACGACCUCCUGCAUUGCCCCGAGAACUAGGGCUCCUCCUCCUCCUCCUCCUCCUCCUCC